AUGUUCUAUUUUCAAGUAUUCGCAUCCCUUAUAGUGUACGCUUGUUCAGUGAACGCACAGUAUGGAAUGUAUCGAAGCGAUUUCUACACUUUCGGUGUACCAGAAGACGCAGAUGCAGCGUGGAGGAUUUGGCAGGAUAAAUUGAUUCAGUUAGAGGAGAGACUUACACUGAGAUACAAUCACCAAAUAACGCUCUUGAAGGAACGACUUGAUGAGUUGGAAAAACAGGUUAAUGAUCUACUUAAAGUGAGCACCUACGACUGGGAAAUGGCCGAUUCGGGCUCAAUUUACAAGCUGUUCACCGAAAAGAAAUCGUUUGAUGACGCUCAGGUUGUUUGCAAGCAUUUUGGUGCGCAGUUGGCUGUUCUUGAUUCGGAACAUAAAAAUAAUUUUGCUAAAGAUAUGGUAAACAAAACGGUCAAGGACGAUAAUCAAGAAGCAUGGAUAGGUCUGAAAACGAAAGCAUCAAUGGGUGAUAAAUCGACAUAUUCGAAUUUUGCGGGUGAUCAGCCAGUUGAAGGAUGUGCGUCAAUGAAUCGUAAAGGUAAAUGGUCGAUUAAAGACUGUGAUCAAAAUAAGGCAUUCAUUUGCCAACGAAUAACUGUGCGUUAA